AUGGAGAUGAAAAAAGUCAAUAACAUUGUAAAGGUAUCGAUUGAAGAAGACCUAGUGGAGUUGGUCAGUGGAUUUGGGCGGUUUCAAAUAUGGCAGUGUCUUCUAGCGAUCAUCCCGGUUAUUUGUACUGCGCUUAGUAACACCAAUUUUGUGUUUGCCGCUGCUGCUAUCAACUACAGAUGUGCCGUACCGCCGUGCGAAGUAACAAACGCUACGGUAGCGACGCCGGACUGGUGGCCGACCAACGUUAGCGAUGUGCGGUGCUCCCGCCCGGUCUAUUCCGACAACUCCACCUGCAGUUCCAGUGACCUUGACCAUGUGGAGCCAUGCGAUCGAUGGAUCUAUGACACAAGGGAUUCUAUCGUUAAUGAGUUUGAUUUGGCGUGUCACGAGUGGAAACGAACUUUGGUGGGCACGAUCCACAACCUGGGAGUCUUGGUGUCCAUGCCUCUCAUGGGAUAUCUUUCAGACAGAUGGGGCCGUCGUAAAGCGAUAAUUUUGAGUGGGCUCUGCCUCGCCACUGGAGCGUUGAAGACAUUAGUGGGAACGGGUCACAGCGCCUACUUAACUUACACAAUCAUUGAAUUCUUCGAAGCUGUCUUGGUUACUGGUACUUACACUACGUGUUUUGUAUUAAUUGUCGAGCUAAUUGGGAGCGACAAGAGGACGAUCGGUUCAGCCGCAGUGGGAAUCUCCGUAGCCGUCGGCGAGCUGAUCCUGAAUCUGAUCGUGUGGAACAUCCCCUACUGGCGGCACUUUCUGCUCAUCGUCUCCUGCCCCGCUCCUUUGUUCCUCGCAUACACUUACUUCCUAGAAGAAAGCAUGCGAUGGCUGCUCACUAAUGGAAAGAAUGAAGAAGCUCUUAUUCUACUGCAUAGGAUUGCGAGCUGGAAUCAUUUUGCGGUGUCGGAUGAAGCGAUCGAUGAAAUUACAAAAGAAUCGAAAGGGGCUCAGAAUAUUGCAACGGAAAAAUUUAACAUAAAACUGCUGUUUUCCUCGCCUGCAUUACUUAAAAGAGUCAUCGUCUGCUCGUGGUGGUGGUUCACAGCGGCCUUCGUGUACUACGGGCUGAUGAUCAGCUCGGUGGGCCUGCCGGGGAACAAGUACACCAACUUCGCGCUCUCCUCGCUGGCCACCAUCCCGGGGGACGUCAUUGCGGUGAUAACGCUGGACCGCGUGGGACGGAAGAAGACGCUGUUGGGAGGGUUUGUGUUCUGUGGGGUGUGCUGUGUCUCCAGUGGAUUUAUACCUCAAGAAUACACAACCGCCUCGAUCGCAAUAUUCCUGAUCGGCAAAAUGUCCAUAUCGGCAUGCUUCAACGCAGUGUAUGUGUACACUUCGGAGUUAGUGCCCACUUCCGCAAGAGGCUCCUUAGUGGGCACUUGCUCUAUGCUGGCACGAGUGGGCACGGUUUUAGCGCCACUUACUCCUCUCUUGAGUGAAUGGUGGCGCUCUCUGCCGACCGCGCUGUUCGGCUGCGCCUCGCUGGCUGCGGCCGCGCUGACGCUGGCCACUCCGGAGACCCUGCGGCGGCGGCUGCCCGACACCGUUGCUGAGGCCACGGCCAUGUCUUAA